GUGCUCUCUGUCUGACGUCAUCAGAAGGCGCCGCCUGGAUAUGCUAAGCGUUUAUUUAUGUUGCUACUUCUCAAGUCCUUUAUGACAUAUAGAGCGUAAUGGAAGUGAACAAGGACGAAGCGGAAAGAUGUAUCGAGAUUGCGGUCAAAGCAAUAAAGAGAAACGAAGUGGACAAAGCAAAACGGUUUUUAGAAAAAGCACAGAGACUGUUUCCGACCGAUAAGGCACAGGCAUUGUUCGAGUCUCUUGCUGCUGCAUCCACUGAAAGCAGUUCUCCAGGAGACAGCGAGGGUCCUGAGGAAGACCAGUCCAGUGCUAAUAACCACAGUGCGGCAGAGGACAGGAAAUCCGAAUCAGCCAAAUCAUACACUACAGAACAAGUAGAUGCUGUGAAAAGAAUAAAACAAUGUAAAAGCUACUACGAGAUUCUCGGGGUGCAGAAAGACGCUUCGGACGACGAUCUUAAAAAGGCGUAUCGGAAAUUGGCGCUGAAGUUUCACCCUGAUAAGAAUCAUGCACCUGGUGCUACGGAAGCUUUUAAAGCUAUUGGGAACGCAUAUGCUGUGUUGGCCAACCCGGAGAAGAGGCGCCACUAUGAUCAGUACGGCGAGGUGAAAAGCUGCCCUGGCAGACGAAGGCACUCCGAGCGAGACUUCCAGCCUGAUAUCUCCCCAGAGGAUCUAUUUAACAUGUUCUUCGGCGGAGGAUUUCCCUCUAGUAAUGUUCACAUGUACAGCAACGGGCGAAUGCACUUCAGCCGACAGCAAGGUGCAAGAAGAGAAGAAAGGGGUGGUGGUUUGGCUCUCUUGGUCCAGCUCAUGCCUAUACUCAUCCUUGUUAUUGUGUCCACUCUCAGCCAGAUGAUGGUGGCUGAUCCUCCCUACAGCCUCAACUACAGACCUUCUGUAGGUCAUACACAGAAGCGGAUGACUGAGACCCUACACGUGCCGUACUACGUGAGCGAGCGCUUCAGUCAGGAGCACAGUGGCGCAAACCUGAGACAGGUGGAGCGCAGCGUUGAGGAAGACUACAUCUCCAAUCUCCGCAACAGCUGCUGGAAGGAGAAGCAACACAAGGAGGGCUUGCUGUACCGUGCACGCUAUUUCGGUGACAGUGACCUAUAUCAGAGAGCUCAGAGAAUGGGCACACCAAGCUGCUCCAGACUGGCCGAGGUUCAGACUUAUGUCCACUGAUAAACCAGCGUGAUCACGACAGGUGUAUAAUUGAAUCUUCCCAUUAAAACUGUGGCAGACUGGUGGCAUCCAGGCAAGGGAGACAGAUUUCUACGUGUGUGUGUGUGUGUGUCUGCGUGUGUAUGUGUAUGAGAGAUAGAGAGAUGUGUGUCAGUGAAAGAUCGUCCUGUACAGGUUUGUAUAAGAAGAGCUCUUCCUCCAGCCCUUUACAGACCUGAGUUACACCUCGGUUAAGCAACGAUCCAAUCUUUUGAGAUAUUUUUCCUUCAAUCUGAAACACGUUUCAUUUAAUCAAGCUGAAACUGGAUGUGCAAGACCUUUUAUUAGGUUCCUCUAUAUACCACGAUCUAGUCACUUUGUAUUAAUUUAUUAAUUUAUAUAAUUGUACACUUAAUAUUUUAGCGAUGCAGGUUAGGUCACAUGCUAAUAUUAGCAUUAACGGUAAAUAAAAAGGAAUAAGCACUCCAUAGUUUAAUCUUUCAUCUUCACCACAAGGACUCACACAGCUUUGUAGUAUUUAUUCAAAAAAUCAGGAUGUUUUUUUAAAAGUAUAAUAUAUUUUUAGAUUUUGCAAUGCUGACUAAAAGAAAUAAACUAAAAGCUGUAGCAAAGCUUUUCCUCUGGAUUAUAACAAAACAAUAAAAUCUUAUGUGCCACUGCUGAA